AUGCCCAACACAUUGAAUAUCAUCGUCGCCUUUGGCGGCCCCGACAGGACCAUCAGAGUCGCCUUCAACAGAAACGAGCCCAUCUCAAUCCUUCUGAACCGUAUUCAGGAUGCCCAGCCCAAUGACGGGAUCCCCAACAUCCGUCACGACCUUUUCAUUAACGGCGUCCAUAUCAAGGACACCACAAAGUCCUUGGCUCACUACCGCGUCCUUGGUCGCACUUUGACCUUCCGCGACGUCAAAGCUUCUCCUCCGAAUCAGAACACGUUCUCCGUCAAGGUCAUGACCCCUACUGGCACCCUUAUUUCUUUGACUUGUACUGCCAGUAUGCUUGUCCAGGAUGUCAAAGAUAUGAUCCAGGCGCAGGAGAGGAUCUCCGUUGACAAGCAGACGCUCCUUCAUGGUGUCAGACAGAUCGAGGACUUUCGUGAUCUGAAAUUCUAUGGCAUUACUGAGCCUUCGUCCCUGCAACUGCUCAUGCCUCUCCCCGCGAACCACCCGGGCAUUUUAUUCACAGAUGGCCCAGAUGGAUCUUUUGGGCCCCGCAAGAUCCAGUUCUCUCCAUAUGCCCCUCGAGGACGUGUCGCCACCCCCGGCCUGAAUGUCGAAUGUCAGUGCACGUGUACCACCACCCACAACAUCAUUGUCCAGAAGGGUCUCAGAACCUUCGAAGUCGAUAACCCCAGACUCACCUGCCCCAACUGUAACCAAACCGACAAGAUCACUCCGAUUGCUUUUGGCUUCUUUAAAUGUCAAUACCGCCUCCAUGGGAUCCUCCGAAUUGGUGGCAGGCAAAAUACUACAGCGUGGGCAGAGACCACAGCCGACGACUGUUACGUCCUCAUGCUCACCGCCCACGAAAACAUUGCGUGUUUUCGUCAGUUGGUCAUCGAAACCACUUGUGUGGGCCAGUUUGAUGCCUGCACUGCUUGUCUGCACCCACUUAAUUUGUCGGAAACUUUGCCUUGUGGACAUCGAUUCCAUCUUGGCUGCAAGAAGCAAUGGGAGGGUGUCUGCCCUAACUGCCGAUAUAACGUGGUCUUGUGGAGCGAUGCUGCUCCUUUGAUGCAUCCUAGAGUUUAA